AUGUCCUUUUUGAAUAAUCAAGAAAACAUUGUACAGAAACCACAAAAUGUUUUAUCAGGUGUAUAUUCAAAUACAGGGUUCGACAUGAUCCAGGUCCUAUCACGGUUGAUCAACAGGCAAAUACAUUUGGGCCCCAUUGACUUAUCUUGUUCAUUUGUUGUGUCUGAUGCAAUGCAAUAUGACUUUCCAGUGAUCUAUUGUUCUCCUGGAUUCGAAAAGUUGACUGGAUACACGUACGAUGAAAUUGUUGGUAAAAACUGUAGAUUUUUGCAAAGCCCAGAUGGACAGGUUACAGGUGGAUCAAGACGACAGCAUACAGACAACAAAGCCGUGUAUUAUCUAAAAACUCAGUUAUAUAAAGCUAAAGAGCAUCAAGCGAGCAUUAUCAAUUACAAGAAAGGCGGCCAGCCCUUUGUCAAUUUGAUCACAGUCAUUCCUUUAUUUACGAAAGAAGGUCAAGUUGAAUACUAUGUGGGGUUGCAGAUUGACUUGGUUGAGCAACCCAAUUCAAUACUAGAAAAAAUGCAAAAUGGAACAUAUUAUAUUAAUUAUCAUCAAACUUCGUAUACAAUCCCAUCCUCAAUAAAAUAUGAGAAAGAUCAAAAACAGCAUGAAGACUCAAUCGAGGAAACUAUUGGCGUCGUAGACGAGUACUUUCGCGAUUCACCGCCAUCAGCAGAUCUGGAAAGAGAUCCCUUAGGCUUGUUAGGUAGCACAUCGACGGACAGCGGAAUGCAAAGAAGGAAAGAGUGGAAUCAACUUGUGCUGGAUCAAACGAGCGACUUUAUACAUGUCGUAUCCCUGAAGGGUGUAUUUCUUUACGCUUCAAGUUCCAGCUAUGUACAACUAGAAUACGAACCGCAUGAACUGAUAGGAAAGCCUUUGAGCUCGUUUUGUCAUCCAUCCGACAUUGUACCUGUUAUGCGCGAAAUAAAAGAGGCAGCGCACAAUAGCAACACGGACAGGACGGUAAACUUGAUAUUCAGAAUCAGAAAGAAACACACAGGAUACAUGUGGAUAGACUGCCAAGGUAGAUUGCAUAUGGAUCAGAAUAGAGCAAGGAAAUGCUUGAUACUUUGUGGAAGAGAGUAUCCAGUAUACAACCUCUCGAGUGACCAAGUAAACCUUUACUCAGAAGAAUAUUGGGCUAAGCUCAGUCUUGCAGGCCUUUUUCUAUACGUCACAGAAAGAUGCCAGGAUAUUGUUGGGUUUCCUGCAGAAUCACUAAAGCAUGAGUCCAUCUUCCAAUACGCUGAGAGUGAGUCUAUCACAAAGAUUGCAGGUGUCCUGCGUAUAAUUGAGGAAACCAGAAAACCAGUGACGAUAGAGCAUACCUUGCUCAGUUCAAAAGGCUCAUAUGUACCUGUUUCAAGCACAUUUUACCCCGGCGAUCAGAAUCCAUCAUUUAUUUUACUGCAAGUGAAACCAAUCAAGGAAGGUAAUGAGGAACCCUUGAUUUAUCAGACAAAAGAGCCAAACCUGUUUCCCGAACUGGAUAUGACAAGGUCAACCAACUGGCAAUAUGAACUUCAUCAACUCGAGCAGACAAAUGAAAAGCUAAAAGAGCAGAUCGAGAGAUACGAAAACUCAAAUAAACACAAGUCUCGUAAAAAAUUGAAAAUCAAGCAUAAACAAGGUGAGCUGAUGUGCGCAAACUGUCAAACAAGGGACUCACCUGAAUGGCGGAAGGGUCCUAAUGGCCCCAAAGAAUUAUGUAAUGCAUGUGGUUUGAGAUUUGCCAAGCUGGAAAAGCAUAACAAACAAUAAAACUCCGUCAAAUGACA